AUGUGUUCAAGAAGUAUUACAAUGUUCCAAAAAAGUUAUUUAUAUAGAAGUCGUUACUGUAUUACAAAAUCGCAGAGUUGCAGUUACAGUAGUAAUAAUGUGAAAGAAACUUCUUUGUGCAAAUUACACAAGAAAUAUGGUGGAAAGUUAGUUGAUUUUGCCGGUUUUCUCUUACCAGUCCAAUAUUCUGAUUUGAGUGUGUCAGCAUCUCACCUGUUUACGAGAAGUAAUGCUUCUAUCUUCGAUGUUUCACACAUGCUACAAACAAAUGUUCGAGGCAAAGACUGUAUGACGUGGUUCGAGACACUAUGCCCGGUAGAUUUAAAAGGAAUGACUCCUGGAUCAAGCUCUUUGACAGUUUUUUUGACGGACAAAGGUGGGAUAAUUGAUGAUCUAAUUGUUACUAAAGUAAACGACGAUCAAUUGUAUAUAGUAUCGAAUGCAGGACGCCUAGAUGUUGAUAAGCAACAUAUGCAAGAAACAUCGGAAAUUUUUCGGAAGCGCGGUAAAGAUGUGUCAAUAGAAUUUUGUGAUGUGAGUAAUCGAGCUUUAAUUGCAGUGCAAGGACCUAAAGCGGCGUCCAAUGUCCAAGCUCUUACAGAAGUACCGCUGGCAGAUGUGAUGUUUAUGACUUCACGUACUGGCAAAGUAGCAGGUGUGGAAUGUCGAAUAACACGUUGUGGUUACACGGGAGAAGAUGGAUUUGAGAUAUCAAUGCCGGCCGAUAAGGCUGAAGUCGUUGUCGAAGCUCUUUUACAGUCUCAAGAUGUUAAAUUAGCGGGACUCGGCGCUCGGGACUCACUACGCUUAGAAGCCGGCUUGUGUUUGUAUGGUAAUGAUAUAGACGAAAGUGUGACUCCAGUGGAAGCAAAUUUGACUUGGUUGGUUGCUAAAGCUCGUCGAGCUGAAGCUAACUUCCCUGGAGCAGAUAUAAUUUUGAAGCAAAUAAAGGAAGGUGUAGCAAAACGAAGAAUUGGGUUGAGAAUAGAGAGUGGUGCACCAGCGAGGAAAGACGUGAUUAUUAAGAAUGCAAAGAAUGAAACUGUGGGUAAAGUUACAAGUGGGUGUCCAAGUCCCUCGCUGGGCGGUAACGUCGCUAUGGGCUAUGUCGCUGAAGAAUGUAAGAAAAUUGGCACUGAACUGAUUGCGAACAUCCGAGGAAAAGAUAUCUCGUGUGUAGUUGCUAAAAUGCCAUUCGUACCAUCCAAAUAUUAUGUAAAGAAA